GUAGUAAAACUGGCUACCUCAAUCAACCAGGUUUGGAGCCUCGCGCGGAAGCCACCGCACCAGUAGCCCUCGCUGCUGUACAGACCAGUUUCCGAGGCCUUGUUCGGGCAGCUGCCGCGCUUGCAUACUUAGUAGCUACUUAACACCAUGCAGUAUAAAUACCUGCCACACCCUUAGGGGCCCGGACAUACACGAACAGUGAAACAAAGCCAUCGGUUCCUCGCUGAAGGCGCUCGCCCUCGAUAUUCGGGAGACCCACAACUCCCUAGAAGUACUGUAAAUUCAUUGAUCCGUAUAAUACUUCACGCGUUGGCCGCGACCUGCAGAAACCAUAGCAGCCGGCACGCCACCGGUCACCCCACAACUACCAUGGCCUCAAGGGCUACGCCUCGCCGCCCUCCACGAGCGUUCGCGAUUGCGAAUGUGGUCUUGGUGCUCAUCUCAAUCGCAUGUACCGCGUCGUCGAGCACUUCGGAGGUCGCGCAGCACCUAAGGGCCGCCGGACAUGAGUCGCGGCGUCUCUUGCAGUCGCAGGAGCUCGUUGGUGGCUACGCAUGCACAUUACAAGGCACGAUGGAGACAAGCGGCGCCGGUCCAUCUGGGACCCCUAGGCUUCGGCUGCAGAACAGUCGCUUGUGGGCUCUGGCUUGGGCCAGCCUGCCGGACGGCGUCCGCUCGCUCAGCGUGGGUGACUCGGUGACUGUGACCGGAACCUGCUUCCGGUCCAUCGUUCCCUUCACCGUUCGCGCGACAUCAAUCGAUGUAAAUCUACUAAACACAGUGGAGGAUCCCUCGCCUUCACCUUCACCCUCGCCCUCACCCCGACGGACUCCUGCACCUAAACGCUCGCCCUCGCCCGACAACAGUGCGGACAUUUGGGGCUGGGGUAGCAUCGAUAACAUCUUCGAUGGCAACAGCGAUGGCAACGACCCUUCUCCGUCAAACGACACCCCAGACCCCUCGCCAUCGCCGCGCCCGCGCGCCUCCCCCAAGCCGUCGCCUAGGGCCUCCCCCUCGCCAUCUCCAUCUCCGUCCCCCUCUCCCUCCCCCUCCCCCUCGCCGCGGCCCUCGCCCAAGCCUUCGCCCCGCCCCUCACCCUCACCCAAGGACGGCACCAAGUCGGCUGAGGCCGACAACACUGACGGCUCCUCCGUGUGGCCCGCCCAGCCGCCCAGCCCGCCCCCCUCCCGCACCAUGUCGCUUCUGGCGGUGGCGAUGGAGCUGUGCGGCAACGCCAACCAGACGCCGCUGGAUGCCAUCACGAGCGCGGUGACGGACACACUGCCCGCCUACUUCGCGGCGGCUUCCUUCGGCCAGCUGUCCAUUCCCGCCGACCAGAUCCGGAUCGUGUCGAGUCGCGCCGUGGUGGGCUGCAGCGGCACCAACACCAACGGUGUGGGCUGGCGCGCCUCCGGCCCGACCGACACUGACACGCUCAAGGGCUGGGCUGAGGCGGCCGACAGCUUCAUGAUCAACCGGCUGCGCGUGCCUGUGGCUGACUACGACUACCGCAUGUACUGGAUGCCAGCGAGCACCGGCAUGAGCGGCUUCGGCACCUCGGUGUGUUGGAACGCCAUGGAGCAGAACCGCGUGUGGCUGCCGGGCACGACCUGGGUGGACCAGUACGCGCUGGUGCACGAGCUGGGCCACAACCUGGGGCUCAUGCACGCGCAGGGCUAUGACUCCAACGGCCAGCUGGCCGAGUACGGCGACGGCUCCUGUCCCAUGGGCUCUGGCACUUCCAUGCCCACCCACUACAGCGCGCCCUCCUCCAUGGCUCUGGGCUGGACCACACCGCAGGCCGAGCUGCGCGACGACGACCUCCCCGUCGGCGUGUGGAAAUCCUUCAUGCUGCGAGGCCUGGCGGACGCGCCCGUGUCGGGGCUGCGUGUCCUGCCGGCCUCCUGGACGUUCGGCGCCAACGGCUGGACGGGCUACGACCAGAUCGUGGUGUCCUUCCGCCGCGCCACAGACACCAACAUGGACGCCGGCUUGCAGCCCCCCUACCGCAACAAGGUCCAGGUGCACUCGUACGAGGCCAGCCAGACCUGCCCGCACUCGGUGCUGCUGUCCACCCUGGACGCCGGCGGCGUGUGGCCCAAGCCUGGCAGCUCCCUGCCCGCCGACACGCAGUCACCAGGCCUGGUGGUGCGCGUCAACCGCAUCGACGCGGCCGGCGGCGCAGCCUAUGUGCGGCUGUGCCGCGCGAGCGUGAAGAAGGAGACGGGCGCGCUGUGCCGGGAUGGGCUCGACAACGACUGCGAUGGUCGCAUCGACAACUGCUAAACGGAGACUACAAUGUACGAAGUAUGCCAGAAAGGGCCUGGCUGCUGUGAUGGGGAAGCGGCUUUGACACUGUGACGGCGGGUGUCCGCCAUCCGUGUCACGGUGAGAGAAGAGCUCGUGUGUUGCCAUGUGUGCCUCGUUGAGUGUAAGGGUUGGUGUGCGUUGCGUGUUGUGUUGUGACCCAGAGGCUAUGCUGGGGAAGUCACGAAGGUCUGUGUGUGUCUGUGUGUGUUUGUGUGUGUCUCAACAUGCACGUGCACCGCACUUGGUAUGCGUUUUGGCAUACAUACACAGCAAAAGCAGGCGGCUUAACAACGAAAUUGCACACACCCGCGGGUUGGCAUUAGCAGAGACGGCAGGCAAGUACGUCAUUAAGCAGGAGUUAGAUAUCAUACACUAUCAUACUACGGUACUAUCGGACAUGUUUUCAGGGCCAGGAGCGGUUGCAAUUAGAGGCCUCCGGGCCCUUAUGACGUUGCUGGAGUGGUAAAUGGCAUGCAGAUGUAGCUGCAGUGGAUGGACCCGACCACCCGUUGCUUGCUAUGUCGUUCUUGUGCCAGGGGGGACUCGAUGUUGUCUUGUGUGUGAGCUGCUGCUGAAAUCCGGAUCAAACUAAACAAACAUAGAAGAAGCAGGCGGGAGUGGCAGUUGAUUGGACGAGCCGCAUCGCCCUAUUAAUUCUUUGUACUGUGUGCACUGCCGACCUCGAAAUGGGUGGCCUCGCUAGGGAGAAGCUCCAAUUGUUGUCUUGCCGGAGUAGGGUGUGGCCCAUCUUUGGAGAACUUUUCUAUUCAUCACGAGGGUACGAAGAGUGUGUCGCACUCGAAGCGGUGGUCUUGUGGCAGGUGGUGAUGUGGUUGUGGGUAUUGUUGACCCUAGCACUUGUAGGCCUCGAUUGGGGCAACUGCAUAGCAAAGCAAAUUCUGCAUAGCUUGAAUUAGAAGAAAUUCUAGCCCAUAGUUGUUAAAGCUGACCCCUGAUGACGUGAUACGACGUAAGGCGGGCGGCUGUCUAGGAUCCGGGUUCCGGAUUAGAUUGUGACAGCGCGUCGUGGGCCCCGUUGCUCCUCACGCAGAACCCCCGGGUAUUUAUUAGCUUGCCCCCCGGGUAUUUAUUAGCUUGCCGGUUGUUGUUGUUGUUGUUGGGUACAGCGCUUGCUCCGUGGUUAGCAACUACCGUAUGACACGGGCAGAUGAGCAGGAGGGCCCAUGUCUUUGAGAGAGUUGCACAAUGUAGCUCGAUGGCACGGUGCAGGCUUAUCUCGUACUUCUCUUCUCCCCCUGUAAUAUGCCUUCGAC